UGUGCCUGAGGAGGCAUCAUGUAUCUGGGCCACACAAUGCGGGCUCCAGGCGCAUUGUUGCUGCUUACCACAGAGGACAGAGGCCUCUCUUUCUGUCUUAGGACGGCUCACCAUGCAGCUGACCCAGCUCAACCACGAAUGUCUCCUCCAGCUUUUCUCCUUCCUGGACAAGGACAGCCGGAGGAGUUUGUCCCUUACCUGUCAGCAGCUGCGCGAGGUCUUCCUGGACCCCUGCCUCUGGACUCUCCUCCACUUCAGCUCCCCGUGUCAGCUGACGAGGGACAACUUUGUUCUGGGACCUUGUUUGCGUUACUUGACAGUCUGCUGGUACUCCAGCAGGGUCCUGCAAGUGUGCAACAUCGAGGACUGGUUGAAGAGCUCCUUUCAGAAGGACAUCUGCAGUAAACACGAGAGCCGGGUCAGCACGUUCCUGACCCAUGUCUGCCGCAUGUGUCCCAACCUGCUCUGGCUAACCCUGUCUGGCUGCGGACACAUCACUGACCAGGAUGUGAUCUCCGUGCUGCAGAGCUGCAGGAAGCUGCGCCGCCUCCACCUGGAGAACUGCGUCCGCAUCACCGACUGCAGCCUGGAGGGAGCGGUGGCUCACGGAGACAGUCUGGAGGAGGUCACGGUAGACUUCUGCAGGAACAUCACUCAGGCAGGCCUGCAGGCUGUCAGAGAGAUGAGGCCGGGCAUCCAGCUGAGUGCAGAGAGGAGCGCUGAUAUGAUCCCUGACAGCAAGCCUGAGGAGAGGGUGCCACUCAGGAGGACGCUGCAGAAAGUCCUGCAGUUCUCCUGAUGAAAUGCUGGGCCACAAGGGAGACUAUUUCUGUAACUUUGGAUUUUUUAAGACUGGACUAUAAUGCCUUUGUUCUGUGUUUAAUAGAUGUGCUUCACCCUUUUUCUACCUUUUUCUACAACACAUGUUGAACAUGAGUCCUCCUUACCAAGACUUCCAUGUUAUCCUAACCAGGGAGAAUGUCAGAUCACAAUAAAGUCUCACACAGAUGGCCUAAUCAACAAUCCUUCAUCAAUGAACAUUGAAAUGGUGCGAUUAUAUGAUUCCGGUCUUAAAGGAAUAGAUUGUCACUUUGGGAAACAUGCUUAUUCACUUUAUUGCUGAGAGUUGAUGAGACGAUCAUUACCACUAUCACGUCUAUACGUUAAAUAUGAAGCUUCAGCCAGGCUAGCUGUUUCCCCCUGUUUCAGUCUUUAUGCUAUAAGCCAUGCUGCCUGCUGGCUCCAGCUACAUAUUGACUGUUGAGCGCAAGAGAAGUAUCGAUCAUCUCGUCUAACACUCAACAAGAAAGCGAAUAUUUUUCAAAUUUUCAAAUUUCUCAAAAUGCCAAACUCUUCCUUUAUUAGCAUUUGAUAGUUUGAUUAAAAUAAUACACACACACCUUCCGUAGAUUAGUUAUGCACACCUGCACAGUACAAAAGGCGUGUGGUUGCACUGUGUGCUCUCUGUGUUAUGAUAAGACAUGUCAGAGCUGGGAGGAAGGGUUCUCUGAGGGCAAAGUGACUCUGUGCCUGUGAUUGGAAUCAUGUUAUAUGAUCGUGAGACAUAUGAAAUAGGUUGGUUAGGUAAGUGUGUCUGUCUGUAAAUGCCAAGCAAAUUUUAUUGCAGGCUGCUGAUGCAGGGUGCUCCCCGUCCUAUGGGUGCAUCUUUGUAUGACCAUAGAUUUUCACACAGGGUCCUUUAAAGGAGCAGUGUGAAGGGCUUAGUGGCAUCUAGUGGUGAGGUUGUAGAUUGCAUCCAACUUAACACCCCUCUUUUCACCCCUCCCU